AUGAAGCGGCCGGCAGACACUCAACCGUCCAGCCCAGAGAAGCGGGGCGAGAAGAGCAUUCACAUCUACAUGUGCCGGCAUGGCACCACCACGUGGAACUUGGCCAAGCGCUGGCAGGGGGAGCAGGACACCGAGCUGGCGCCGGAAGGCAUCGCACAAGCGGAGGCCACUGGCAAGACGCUAGCCGCGAGGAUCUCCUCCUGCAGUGGAAUCUACACCUCGGACCUCAAGCGAGCAAAGGCGACUGCGGAAAUCUACGCCAAGGAGCUUGCGUGCGACGUCACUGUCGAACCGAGAUUGCGAGAGCCAAGUCUGGGGAAGUUCGAGGGCAUGGUAAAGAGCGACAUCUACAGCCAGUAUGCUGAUCUGUUCAAGCGGAUGGCAGAGUUGAGCCAGGUGGAAAGACUCGAUGAGGCGUACUUCGAGGGCUUGGAGACGCCAGCGCAGACCAGCAGCCGUGCGGAGGCGGCCGCUGCCGAUGUUUUCCGGGACCUUCCUGACGGAGCCACGGUGCUUUUCGUUACCCACAGCAAAGUGCUGGAGGCAGUGUUGGCCAAAGUGUUCAACAAGUUCUACGAAGGUGUCGAGACCACGCCCGGCGCCUUCUUCCACUGGACAUACCGGGCAGCUUCGAAUGAGCUGACGCAUCUGCACAAGAUCGAUUGUCAUGAUUUUCAGGUAGAGCAAUAG